ACCGGUAACCGGCGUGCAGCGCGCUAUCGUUUCGCGCUAUACUACGCACCCACACACGCACGCAAUAACACAACACACACAGUGUCGCGCUCGCGCACAACAUAAGCGGUAAUACACACACCCAACACACACACACGUACAAACAAAAACACACAUACACACGCGCGCGCACACGUUGAGGGUCUGUAGUACACGCAGCAGCAGUAUUGUGUGUGGUGUGCGUGACGUUCGUUUUCUGCAGAAACACUGAGCAAAAUAUUUUUUAGUUUUCGUUUUGCGCGUUCGGUAUUCGUUAUCGUUUUUUUUUUCUCGGACCAUCACAGCGGUCAUAGUCGUUGGCAUAAUCGUUGUGUUUUUCUACUGUCGUUGUAGUCGUCUUCGAAAUUGGUUUCCCACGGUCCACCGUCGGCCGGUGGUGCAGGUGGUCUCCCCCGUCAUGCUCGCGGUCCGCGUCCCCGUCGUCGGAAUCGGUGCACGACGAUUGCCGCCGUCGCCGGACCGCCGUCCGGAACACGGCCGCUUCUGAUCCGCGCGUCUCGUAGUUGUCUCGAGAUGACGGCAACGGGCACGUCUACUGCUGUUGCUGCCGGUGCUGCGGUGAUUAUCAYAACCAUCAUCACCACCGCCAUCACCGCCACUAUCACGUCAAGAGGACGUGACGCGUCGCGGCGGUAAGAAGAGCGCACGCGGUCUUUUUCGGCCUACUCGUCCACUCCCUCACCACCUCUGGUAACUGGUAACCGUGUUUUUGCGCGGUGACUAAGCUGGCGGCAACGGCAGCGGGCGCGACGUAUUGUUUUGGACGAUAUGAAGUGCUGCGUUACGCGGGACGCGUGAACGAAAAUGCAAAAGGCCAAUAUAGUCUUUUUCACUUCAGCUAUUAAAAUUACUGCGAGGACAACGGAGACGAUUGCGACCACCGUACAAGUGCCAAAGGCAGCAGUGAAAACAUGAACACUUCCGUUGGACUGCUGAUGGCCGUGUUCUUCGUCUGUUCACAGUUCAUCCGAGGUUGUUGGUGUUCAGAAGACGAGGAGCGUCUGGUUAGAGAUCUUUUCAGGGGCUACAACAAACUAAUCAGGCCAGUCCAGAACAUGACYGAAAAAGUCAAUGUACAGUUUGGUUUAGCAUUCGUUCAACUCAUCAAUGUGAAUGAAAAGAGUCAAAUAAUGAAAUCAAACGUUUGGUUGAGACUUGUAUGGAGGGACUAUCAAUUACAAUGGGACGAGGCAGAUUAUGGUGGUAUACAGGUGCUCAGGUUACCACCAGACAAAGUGUGGAAGCCGGAUAUAGUGUUGUUCAACAAUGCUGAUGGAAAUUACGAAGUUCGUUACAAAUCGAACGUGCUCAUUCGACCAAAUGGAGAACUUCUAUGGAUACCACCGGCAAUUUAUCAGAGCUCUUGCACCAUAGACGUUACAUAUUUUCCUUUUGAUCAACAAACUUGCAUAAUGAAAUUUGGCUCUUGGACAUUUAAUGGCGAUCAAGUAUCGUUAGCGUUAUACAGUAACAAACAGUUCGUCGAYCUGUCUGACUACUGGAAAUCCGGAACUUGGGAUAUUAUAGAGGUGCCUGCUUAUCUGAACGUAUACCAGGAGUCGCCUACCCAGACGGACAUAACGUUCUACAUAGUGAUUCGAAGGAAAACUCUGUUCUACACAGUGAAUUUGAUACUGCCCACGGUCCUCAUAUCUUUCCUAUGCGUGCUAGUGUUCUACUUGCCAGCCGAAGCCGGCGAAAAGGUCACGCUGGGCAUCAGCAUUUUACUGUCACUAGUCGUCUUCCUACUGCUUGUCUCCAAAAUACUGCCACCCACUUCUUUAGUACUGCCGCUCAUCGCCAAAUACUUGCUAUUCACGUUCAUCAUGAACACCGUCAGCAUAUUGGUCACUGUUAUCAUAAUCAACUGGAACUUUCGAGGACCUCGUACCCACCGUAUGCCACCUUGGAUCAGGACUGUGUUCCUAUACUAUCUUCCGGCAUGCAUGUUYAUGAAACGGCCGAAGAAAACGCGACUAAGGUGGAUGAUGGAAAUGCCGGGCAUGAGUGGUCCGCCGCAUCCGCACCACACGUCGCCGUCGGACCUACCCGCACCUGCGCCCCCAAGUUCCGCGACGCCGUCCAAACACAAGAUGGAGGCAAUGGAGCUGGCCGACCUGCAUCAUCCCAACUGCAAGAUCAACCGAAAGGCAAGCGCGGAGCGGAGGGAGAGUGAAAGCUCCGACUCGCUAAUCUUAUCACCGGAGGCAUCCAAAGCCACCGAAGCAGUGGAGUUCAUCGCCGAACACUUGAGGAACGAGGAUCAAUACAUACAGAUAAGAGAAGACUGGAAGUAUGUAGCGAUGGUUAUUGAUCGGUUGCAAUUGUAUCUGUUCUUCUUUGUCACCACCGCCGGCACCCUUGGCAUACUAAUGGAUGCCCCUCAUAUAUUCGAGACUGUCGACCAGGACAAAAUCAUCGAAAUCUACGGCGGAAAAUAAACAUUUAAGAAAUAAAAAGAUUUAUAGAUGAAAAUGCUCAAGUUAGAACUAAUUUGCUUCAGAGGAGUUAUUUAAAAUAAUAAUAAUAAUUAAAAUAAUAAUUGUAUUAUUUUAAAUUUAAUGAACAAAAAAAAAACA